AUGAUUGAUUUGUUUUUCAAAGUGCUGGUACAAACAGGAAACAGCGAAAAGGCAUAUGGAAUAGUUGCAAAUGAGAUAAACAAAAGAAGAUUUGGAUUCGACAACCGGUCCAUGAGUUACGAGGAGGCACGAAGGACGUUUCUUAGAGUUGUCGAUGUUGUGGAAGAGGUUGAAAGGCUAAGGAUGAUUUUUAAGGGAUAG